CUUCCUCUUAUUCUUGGACCACAACGACAGUUGCUGGCGCAUCGCUGUCGUAACAGCAUUGCAGCCCUCUACCCAUCGACACUAUGUCGUCGCUUUCGGCGGUGAAAUGGGAUUGUCGUUUACUGUGGAGGUCGAAAAUCGCGGUGUGCGCCACUUCUGUGCAUGAGAAGGGACCGUUGCUUUCUCGCUUCUUUCACUGCUCGCGACGAGCUUUCGACGAGGCUCAGCAGACUGCAUCUACAGAGGCUGACUCCAGCGUCCCGUACUCCUCACUCGUCGUCGGGACCCCUCGAGAAAUAUAUCCGAACGAACGUCGAGUAUCCUUGACUCCUCAGAAUGUCUCUCUGCUCCUUAAAAAGGGUUUCUCCAAGGUGUUGGUCGAGCACGAUGCCGGAGCGCAGGCCCAAUUCCUCAACGAAGACUACGAAAAAGCCGGCGCCACACUUGUGUCCAGAGAAGAUGUUUUGAAGACAUCAGAUAUAUUGCUCAAGGUCCGGCCACCACUUCUGGGUAAAGAGGCAGAGUACGUCAGAGACGGGAGCACCUUGAUUUCUUUCAUAUACCCCAGGCAGAACAAGGAAACCGUGGAGGCGCUGUCGCAAAGAGGUGUUAAUGCAUUGGCGAUGGAUAUGAUACCCCGGAUCUCUAGAGCUCAGACGUUUGAUGCUUUAAGUUCAAUGGCCAACAUUGCUGGGUACAAGGCCGUAUUGGAAGCUUCUAAUCACUUCGGUCGAUAUAUGACUGGACAAGUUACUGCUGCUGGGAAGAUUCCUCCAUGCAAAGUUCUUGUCAUUGGUGCAGGAGUGGCAGGCCUUAGCGCUAUUGCUACAGCUCGACGUCUAGGUGCCAUCGUUCGUGGUUUCGAUACCCGGUCUGCCGCUCGUGAACAGGUUCAGUCACUUGGUGCUGAGUUUAUCGAGGUCUCCAUCAAGGAGGAAGGUGGCGCAGCAGGUGGCUACGCGAAGGAAAUGUCUAAAGAGUUUCAUGAUGCAGAGAUGGCACUCUUCAUGGAGCAAGCUAAGGAUGUAGACAUCAUCAUCACUACGGCUUUAAUCCCUGGUAAACCGGCUCCAAAGCUUAUCACUAACGAAAUGGUGGCGGCCAUGAAGCAUGGUUCGGUCAUUGUCGAUUUGGCAGCAGAGGCUGGUGGGAACUGCGAAGCAACAAGGCCGGGCGAACUUCACGUCCAUCGAGGAGUGACCGUCAUCGGCUAUACUGACCUUCCUUCACGGCUACCAACUCAGUCCUCGACCCUCUACUCGAAUAACAUCACCAAGUUCCUGCUUUCCAUGACACCUCCAAAUACACCCUCUCGCUUCACUAUUGACCUUUCCGACGAAGUCGUUCGCGGUGCCACAGUUCUCCUCCAUGGAUCACUCCUCGAGCCUGCACCACGCGCGCCAGCCGUCGCGUCUGUUCCCCCGCCCACGACAUCCAAAGCCGACGAGAAGAAGACAGAGAGUCUCGCCCUCACGCCAUGGCAGAAGGCUUCAAGGGAAGUUGCAACGGUGACGGCGGGUAUGGGUGGAGUUGUGGCACUGGGAAAGCUUACUGGCCCGCUCUUCAUGAGCAACUUCUUUACGUUCGGGCUGGCGGGUCUGAUCGGGUAUAGAGUUGUAUGGGGCGUGGCACCUGCAUUGCAUUCACCUCUAAUGUCCGUCACCAAUGCCAUCUCAGGUAUGGUCGGAGUGGGAGGCCUGUUCGUGAUGGGUGGAGGCUAUUUCCCGCAGACUAUUCCACAAGUUCUGGGUGCUCUAUCGGUUCUGCUUGCUAGCGUCAACGUUUCAGGAGGGUUCGUGAUCACAAAGCGCAUGUUGGAUAUGUUCAAACGUCGAGGAGAUCCACCAGAGUACGCGUGGCUGUAUGGUGUUCCUGCUGUUGUCUUCACCGGUGCUUUCCUGCUUGCUGCCCAGACAGGGAUGGCUGGCCUGGUGCAAGCGGGAUAUUUGACCAGCAGCAUACUCUGCAUAGGUUCCCUCUCUGGUCUUGCCUCUCAGGCCACAGCUCGUCAGGGCAAUCUUCUCGGCAUCUUAGGUGUUGGCUCAGGAAUUCUUGCAUCCUUGGCCGCCGUCGGCUUCCCGACCGAAGUUCUCAUCCAGUUUGCUACUAUAGCGGGAAUUGGAGGUGCUUUCGGUGGGAUUUUGGGGAGGAGGAUCACGGCGACGGAGCUGCCGCAGAUGGUCGCCGCCUUGCACAGUAGUGUGGGUUUGGCCGCGGUGUUGACGAGUAUUGGUAGCGUAUUGGCAGCUGGAGGGGACCACCUAACGACCUUGCAUUUGGUCACAGCAUAUCUUGGGGUGCUCAUCGGUGGUGUCACGUUCACGGGAUCCAUUGUGGCAUUCAUGAAGCUGGCUGGAAAGAUGGCGUCCAAACCACUUGUGUUGCCCGCUCGUCACUUCGUCAAUGGCUCCCUCCUGGCCGCCAACGCUGCCAGUUUGACAGGUUUCCUGAUGAUGGCUCCCUCUGCACCGCUGGUAGCUGCGGGAUAUCUGGGCGUAAACACGGUUCUUUCGUUCAUCAAGGGAUACACGCUCACAGCCGCCGUUGGAGGUGCAGAUAUGCCUGUGGUUAUUACGGUGUUGAAUGCGUAUUCGGGUUUCGCAUUAGUUGCGGAAGGCUUCAUGCUUGACAAUCCAUUGCUAACGACGGUCGGCUCCCUCAUCGGCGUCAGCGGUUCUAUUUUGUCGUAUAUCAUGUGUGUCGCAAUGAAUCGGUCACUUACAAACGUCCUGUUCGGAGGAGCAGCACCUGCCGCAGCGCCUUCGGAUUAUAAGAUCGAGGGUAAGAUUACCCAGACGAACGUGGACGAGGCGGCGGAAGCGCUGGCUGGUGCAGAUAGUGUCAUAUUGGUGGUAGGCUAUGGUAUGGCCGUAGCGAAAGCACAAUACGCCAUCUCCGAAAUAACGUCAAUGUUGCGCGCAAAGGGAAUCAACGUCCGGUUCGCUAUUCACCCUGUCGCUGGUCGCAUGCCCGGACAGUGUAACGUCCUGCUCGCGGAGGCUUCUGUUCCAUACGACAUUGUCCUCGAAAUGGACGAGAUCAAUGACGACUUCUCCGACACCGACGUGACGCUCGUUAUCGGCGCGAACGAUACCGUGAACCCUAUCGCGCUCGAGCCCGGGAGCUCCAUCGCCGGCAUGCCAGUGCUUCAUGCAUGGAAGAGUAAGCAGGUGAUCGUGAUGAAGAGGGGCAUGAGUAGUGGUUAUGCGGACGUACCGAACCCGAUGUUCUACAUGCCGGGUACGAAGAUGUUGUUUGGAGAUGCUAAGGAUACGUGUGAAGCUCUGAAACGGAGCCUGGAGUCGAAAGUGGCGCCUUGAUUAUACAUGUGUAAGAGGAAGGAUGGGAGGAUGGGAAGAUGGAGAUUCGAGUGGGGCUUUUGGAGCCCGAAGUCGCCAUGUAAGAGUGGAGGGAGCCUCAAGGCGGACAUUGAUUCACUUGUGGCAUGCUCGCGGGGCAGGCUGCUCAUGUGGUAAUAAAGCGAUGUAUUUCUCCGAAUAUUGAAUUUGCUGUGUACUCACAUAUGUCCUUUGCUUGCAAUACAUUUCUUGCUGUACUCUUCAUUCAUCAUCGAUAAAUAAAUAAUAUCCAGC